AUGCACCGCCCCAUCCCGCCCUGUCCAGACAGCAGCAGCGGCUUCAAGGGCGCGGAGCCGCCCAUGUUGCUCAGAGCUCUGCGAUGGCGGCGACCAGCGCCCUCGGCCCUGCAGCUGCCCGGGAGGCGGCGGGCGGCGCACAGCAGCAACGGCCAGCGCCCGCACGGCUCCGCCGUGACCUCUGCCAAAGCCAAGGAGCGCGACAGCGCUGCCGAUGGUCCCCAGGCAGCAACAAACGGCGCGGCGUCCGAGGCAGCCGCGGCGCCCGCCGUCGACCUGCAGCUGCACGCGCCGCGGGGCGAGCUGUGGCAGGGCGCCGCGGCGGCGGCGGCGCUGCCGCGCCAGUGGCUGGCCUUCAGCGACCUGCACGUGUCCCACAAGACCCUGGCCACCUGCCUGCAAGUGCUGGAGCGGGUGCACGAGGAGGCCAGCAGGCGCGGCGCCGGCAUCCUGUUCCUGGGCGACUUCUGGCACAUGCGAGGCACGCUGCCUGUGGAGCCGCUGAACCAGGUGGUGCGCCAGCUGGCGGCCUGGCAGCAGCCCACCCUCAUGCUGCCAGGCAACCACGACCAGGUGUCGCUGGGUGGGGAGGUGCAUGCCCUGACGCCCCUGGCCGCAGCCAACCCCGUCAUCCACGCCUUUGACGGCCCCGCCCUGUUCCUGGAUGCCCUGUGGCUGCCCUUCCGUCGCAACCGAGGCGAGCUGGAGGCGGCACUGGCGGCGGCCUCCUCCCAGUCAGCAGCCCACGCUGGGUCAGCAGCUGAGUCAAUGGCUGCGUCGGCAGCGACGCAUGCAGCCAGUGGCGUCGAUGGCGGCGCCAGUGGCGGCGCCGGCGGCCCCCUCCUGCAGGCCGUGUUUGCCCACACCGACAUUGUGGGGGCGCUGAUGAAUGAGGCCUACCAGGCACACGACGGGCUGCCGCCAGACCUCUUCCCGGUCAACAUACCCACAUACACCGGGCACUACCACAAGCCACACACGGUGGCAGGCAGCCGCAUCACGUACGUCGGCUCUCCCUACCAAGUGACUCGGGCGGAGGCGGGGCAGCAGAAGCGGCUGCUGCUGCUGGACCGAGAUGCCGGCUGGGAAGUCGCCGAGCAGGUGGACCUGGACCUGGGACCGCGGUAUUUUGCUGCCGCUGCGGUACCCGCCCCGCCACAGGCCGAGCCUGCAGCGGCUGCGGCGGAUGCUGCCGUGGCAGAGGGCGCCGAGGCCGCACAAGCCACAGAGGCCGCCAGCCUGGAUGCUGUCACAGCAGGGGAGGAGAGCGCGGCGGAGGCUGCGGCGGCGGCAGAGGCGGCGGCAGCGUUCGAGCUGCAGCUGCCAGACGGCCUGCGGCGCGGCGACCGCCUGCUGCUGACGCUGCCGGCAGCCGCCGCCAAGGAGCACCAGAAGCGGCUGCGGAAGCUGGAAAAGCAAGGGGUGGAGGUGGAGGUGCUCACGCCGCCCGAGGCGGCGGCGGCGCCGCGCAUCGGCGCUGCCGAGGGCAUGGGCCCGCUGCAGCUGUGGGAGCGUUACUGCGGCUGGAAGCGCCUGCCGGAGGCGGCGGCGUCGGCCGGAGCCGGGCUGCUGCGCUCCCUGCUGGGUGGCGCGGCCGGCGGCGGCGGCGCGCCGCUGGAGGCGCCGCACACCAGCCUGGAGUUUCAGGCGGUGGAGGUGGAGGGUUACUUUAGCUUCCGGGAACCUGUGCGGUACCGGCUGGGGGACCGAGGGCUGGUGGUGGUGACGGGGCAGGUGCAGGGCAGCGCCGAGGCGGGGCUGGAGUCUAACGGCGCCGGCAAGACGGCGCUGAUGAUGGCGCCGCUGUGGGCGCUCACGGGCGGCGUCGACGCGCGGGCAGAGGGCUCUGCCGCCACGGGCGGCCGCGCCGUGCUGGCAGACGUUGUGAACGAGGACAGCCGGCGGGCGCGGGUGCGGGUGGAGGGGUCGGCCAACGGCGCGCCCUUUGUCGUGGAGCGUACCGCCAGCCGCAAGAGCUCCUCGGUGACCUUUGAGCUGGAUGGGCAGGACAUGACCACACAGGAGAACCGACUCACCCAGGAGCGCAUCGACGAGGUGCUGGGGGCGGAGCUGCUGGGGCGCGUGGUGUUCUACGGGCAGAGCGACAUCACCGCGCUGCUGGAGGCAAGGAGCCGGGCCGCGGGUGCUGCUCCUGCCAGCGACCGCGCCUUCAAGCAGGAGCUGAGCAAGCUGGUGGACCUGGAUGUAUGGGCAGCUGCUAAGGAAGCCAGCCGUGGGGAGCUGAGCGGAAGGCGCGACGCGCUGCGGGAUGCCAGCGCCACGCUGCGCGAGCGGCAGCAGCAGGCGGGCUCGCUGCGGCAGCAGCUGGAGGCGGCCCAGGCGGCGGCGGCGCAGUGGGAGGCGCAGGCGGCGGAGACGGCGGUGGGGCUGCUGCAGGAGGCGGCUGGGCUGCUGGGCCGGCUGCAGGGGCAGCAGCAGGCGCUGGCGGCCGCGGUGGCUGGCAGCCAGCGCCAGGCUGCAGGCCUGGCCUCCCAGCUGGCACAGCUUGAGCCUCAGGUGCAGGAGCUGGAGCAGCAGCGGCAGGCGGUGCUGGAGCAGCAGCAGCAGCAGGGCGCCGCGGGCGGCGCCGUCGGCGCGUCCGAGGUGGCGGCGGCAGAGGCGCGGCUGGCUGACGCGCAGCAGCAGCAGGCGGCGCUGCAAGAGGAGCAGCAGCGGCGGCAGUACGAGCUGGGCGGCGCCUCGGCGGCGGCAGCCGAUGCCGCGCGGCAGGUAGCGGAGGCGCAUGCGGCGGUGGCGGCCGCCUCCUCUGAGCUGACGGCCUUCCUGCGGCGCCACCCUGGCGCCGCCGCCGCCAGCUCAGCGGCAGCCGCUGAGCUGGAGGCGCUCCUGGAGCAGCAGCGGCUGCAGCAGCAGGAGGUGCAGCAGGCGGAGCGUGCAUUGGCGGCGGCGGCGGUGGAAGCUGCCGGGGAGCGGUCCCGCGCGGGCGCCAAGCGGGAGGCCGCCGAGCACGUGCAGGUAGAGGCGGUGGCGGCGGCUGCUGCUGCUGACGAGGCGAGAGGCGAUCUGGGGGAGGAGGCGGGCUCUGCGGCAGCAGGGAGCCCGAGCCUGGCGCAAGUGAAGAAGCAGCAGCGCAGCCUGCAGCGGCGGCUGUCUGCUGCGCAGCAGCGGCUGGGCGCGGCACACGGACUGGUCCAUGAGCGGCGGCAGCAGCUGAGUGAGUACCUCCAACUGGCCCACAGCCCCAGCGCCAGCCCCGGCGGCGCCAGCAGCAGCAGCAAUGGUGGCAGCGCCAAUGGAAGCUUUUGCAGCAGCAGCGGCAAUGGAAGCGGCGGCAGCAGCAGCAGCAGCGGCGGCGGCAACGGCAGUGGCAGGGAGGCGCAGGCCGGCGGCGUGGCUGUCGCCAGCCACAACGGCGGCGAGGGCCUGGGAGAGAAGCAGCAGCACAGCCAGGGCUUGCCUGGGGAGGGCAGCGGGGCGGUGUGCGACAGGUGCCUGCAGCCCAUUAGCCAACAGCUCUUUGAAAGCAACGUGGCACGCCUAGAGGCGGCGGCGGCGGCAUCAGCGCGCACCGCCGACAAGGCGGAGUGGAAGGUGGCAGAGCUGCAGCAGGCGGGCGAGGAGCUUGAGGCUGCUGCCGCGCUGGCAGAGGCCAGGGAGGGGCAGGUGGCGGCGCUGCUUGCGGCUGAGGAGGCCGCUGCCGCCCGGGCAGCCGCAGCCGCGGCAGCUGCCGAGGAAGCACUGGUGGCCGGUGACGUGCUGGCUGACUGCGAGGCAGCUGUGGCGGAGGCAGAAGCGGAGCUGGGGAGGCAGAUGGCAGCUGCCCAGAAGCUGGUGGCCGCCAUCGAGGCAGCCGGUACCGCCGCUGAGCUGGAAGAGCAGCGCCAGCAGCUGCUGCAGAGCGCCGCGGGUGCGGCUGGCAUCGAGGCCGCAGCAGCCGCCAGGCAGCAAGCAGCCGAUCAGCAGCUUGCUGGCGCCACCGCAGCGCUGCAGCAGCUGGAGGCCUCGGCUCCUGCAGCCGCGGCUGCGGUGGCGGCUGCACGGCAACACCUGCAGGCUGUGCAGCAGCAGGGCGAACAGACGGCCCGCCUGGAGCAGCAGCAGGCGCUGCUGCGGGGGCAGCAGCAGCAGCUGCGCCAGCGGCAGCUUCUGUUGCAGCAGCAGUCAGAGGAGGCUCGACAGCUGGCUGGCAAGCUGGAGGCGGCAGCCCUCGACUUGGAGCAACUCAGCGGCAGCGGCUCCGAAGGCAGUACCAGCAGCCCCAGCAGCAGCAGCAGCAGCAGCAGCAGCAGCUUUUCCUCUUCGCAACCAGGCAGCAAAGACGAGGCAGCAGACGGCCCAGAAGGUCAGUUAGAGGCGGUGGCCGCAGCGGCCGGCACCUGCCUGUCGGCGGCAGGCGACCUGCACCAGCGCUGGCUGUGGCACCGCCAGCAGCCCAACCUGCCUGCCAGGGACGCUGCCCUGGUGGAGCAGCAGCUGGCGGCGGCGGCGGCACAGGUGGCGGCGGUGGAGGCGCAGCAGGCGGAGCUGGAGGCGGAGCUGGCGCUGUGGAAGCAGGUGGACGACGCUUUCCUCCCUCGCGGCAUCCCCAACUUUGUGGUGGAGGGCGUGCUGGGCGACCUGCAGGCAGCCACCAGUAGGAACCUCAGCGCGCUGACGAGCGGCAUGAGCCUGGCGCUCAGCCCCUGCAAGCCCGCGCCCGCCAGCAAGCGCAGGAAGGGCGGGGAGGAGGGCGAGGCCGCGGUCGGCACCAUCGAGCAGAUCGAAAAGAUCGUGCACGUGCGGCAGCCCGGCAGCCUGGAGCUGCGCCCGCGCAGUGUGCGCCAGCUGUCGGGCGGCGAGCGGCGGCGCGUGGCGCUGGCCCUGGCCCUGGGCUUCUCCGAGCUGGCAGCCCAGCGGGGGCGCCUGCGCAGCAACCUGAUUGUGCUGGACGAAGUGAUGCAGCACCUGGACGGGGAGGGCUGCCUGCGCGUGGCGCAGCUGCUCAAGCAGCUGCCGUAUGCCAGCGUGCUGGUGGUGGCCCAGGCCCACAGCCUGCUCACCCAGGCCUUUGACUCGGUGGACGUGGUGGUCAAGGUGGGGGGGCACUCCCGCGUGGAGCAGGGCAGCGCUGCCGUCGUGAGCUGA